AUGGACAUCACGAAGAACAGCACGAUCCUGAUCACAGGGGCCACUUCCGGCAUCGGCCUCGCCUUUGCUGAGAGGCUUCUUGCCGCUGGCAGCACCGUCAUCGUCUGCGGCCGCCGCCAGGCGCUGCUCGAUGAGAUCAAGGCGCGGCACCCCCAGAUCAUAACGCGCCGCGCCGACGUGGCGUCAGCCAGGGAGCGCGUUGCGCUCAGGGACUGGGCGGUUUCCGAGUACCCUCAGCUCAAUGUUGUGAUCAACAACGCGGGCAUCCAGCGGCAUGUUGGGGCCGACUUCGCGGUGGAUGAGCCCUGGGAGGACACCUGGAGCGAGAUUGAGAUCAACGUGGGCGGCGUGGUGCACCUGUCCAAGCUGUUCCUGCCGCACCUGCGCACGGUGGAGCGGCCCGCCAUCGUCAACGUCACGUCUGGCCUCAGCUUUGUUCCAAGGGCUGACGUGGCAGUGUACUGCGCCAGCAAGGCGGCGGUCCACUCCUUCUCCGUGUCACUCAGGCACCUCGAGAGCACGCGGCCGCGCCCGGACGGCGCGGCGGCCGUGCGUGUAAUUGAGGUCGUGCCGCCAGCUGUCAACACUGACCUUGGGGGCCCAGGGCUGCAUGACUUUGGGGAGCCCCUGGACGCCUAUGCUGAUUCAGUGAUUGCGGACCUGGCUGCCGGCAAGGACACCAGCUACUACGGCUUCUCAGGGAAGCUGGCAUCGCUGCCGUCAUCCGGGGAGGAGUGGGACAAGGCAUUCACGAUGCUCAACUCACUGGGCAAGUAG